ACAGACAGCGGCUACAUCGAUAAAGAAGGCUUGGACGAUUUUUUCAAAGACUAUUUGGAGGCGGUUCUCGACAAAUCUUUACAAAUCACUCCUGAAAUGAUCAAGGAUCUCAAGUCUUGCUACAUGGGAGCUUAUGACGAGUCACAAGAUGGACGCUUCCAUGUUUCUGAGUUAGCAGAUCUCUUACCAACCGACGAAAACUUUUUGUUGAUCUUCAGGAAAAACGAGAACAUCACAGACAGCAGAGCCUUAUUAAAGCUGUGGAAGAAGUACGACACAAACUCCAGUGGAUUCAUAGAGCGUUCUCAGUUGAAAUCAUUCAUUCGUGACCUGUGCUCUGGUAAGAAGGAAGUUGAUGACAAGAAACUAGAUGAAUACGCUGCAGCUACGCUCAAGCUCUGUGACAGGAAUAACGAUGGUCGACUUGGUCUAAGAGAGAUGACAAGAUUGCUGAACAUCAAACAGGAAUCAAAUUUUUUGAACCAAUUUGAUGAAAGGGUAAAGAACAUGACGGAAAAGGAGAAGAUACGUCACAUCAACAGGGUUUUUCAUCAUUAUGCACAGGAUGGGUGUAACGAGAUCGAAGGAGAGCAGCUCGAUGCAUUCAUCUCGGAUCUGAUGGAUACCGACUCUAAGAUGGACAUGUCGCAACUUGAAAUAAGCAAGAGAGCUAUUCUACAUAACUUUGACUGCAAUCGAGACGGCAAAAUCAAUUUGGAAGAGCUUGCUAUGUGUCUCAACUGUUAUAAGUUCAGCUAAAUAAUUAAUCAUUGACAUACAAGCGAAAAAAUGGGUUGAUGUCAUGAAACACCUACAAGCAUCUAUUCUGCCACACAAUGAAAUGUAUGUUGUAUUGAUCACUGUGCCUGAAUUCUCAUGUGAUUAAAAAGUUACAAGUUACUUUGGUGUCACUUGUAUCGUCCUGUGAAUUAAAAUAUAUGUUGUAAACUUGAGUUUAAAACUUGGCCUCCAGUAACUUCAUUAAAUGUAUUUCAACAGCAUAGUUGACAAAGAAAAUUUAUAGCAGAAUUGUGGAUCGGAUAGACUACUGCAGUAUUCAAGAUAAAGUGUAAAAAUAUAGAUAUUUGGAAAAUACUCAUUUUUGAUAGUUGAAAUGAAUAUAUCAUCCCGGAAAGAAUAUCAAGCUAUAUUACCAGAAAUGUAGGGUGAAUUUGUUUUGUAAUUGUGCAGUUUCUGAUGAUAAAUAAUGUUCUCUGACUAAAAUGCGGCCUUUGGAUUUAUAAAUUGUUAUUGCGUUUGUGGAGGCUUUAGUGUUAGUGGAUAUUAGUAGAUGAGUUACAAUGUAGAAUGUAUCAUAUGACAAAAUACAUGAUAGUGUAUUGUAAAGCAUGCUAGUGCAAAUGUUGUCAUUCAGUAUGAUUUUAUUUAGAGCACACAUAGGAUAUUAUUCCGGAUAGAUGUAUAGAUGAGUAUACGUGUAUUAACAUUCCAUCACGUUCAUUCUGAUGUAUAUGAUAAUUUGUUAUCUUUUAAUAGGUUGGACAUAAAAUAUCUAUUUGCACCUAAAAUAUAAUGUAUAUUAAGAAACAUUCAUGUUAUAAAUGUCAGUAUUGAUAUGCCAAUACUUGUAUGAUAUAUAAAAUUUUAAAAGUGUAUAUUACUUUUCACCAAGAGUUAAUUGAUUAAUUAUAUUAUGUAUAUAUACCCAUGAAAAGCAUGAGAGCUAGGCUAUCAGUAUUUUGAAGGACCCGUGUCGACCAUCAUCACGGCUUCAUAAAGAACUGGGGUAGGGGAAGAUGGACAGUGGCUCUCCCUCUCUUUGAGAUAUUGAGCCAUGCUUUCAAACGUCAGAUUCUUAAAUGUGAAUUUUGGAGAAAAAAAAAGAUUAGAAAACAUUUUUAACCGCUCGUUUGCUUUGUUGUUCCUUCCUGGCAUGUCUUCUUGUAAGUAAUUUGUUAGGCCUAUUGUUGCUGACUGCCCCCAUCACAACCACCACUAGCACCAACACGGGGAAUAGGGUCCAUUGCUUGAUUUUGAAGUGCAGCCUUCAUUCUUAUUUUUGGGGAAAAUAUGAGUAAAAAUGAUGGAUUCAUGGUGGUAUAAAACAAGGUCUAUUUCCUCAGAAAUAUUUCUGUAAAACUGGCAUCUUACACUCUUACGAAACAUGUGUGGUAUACUAAUAUGUAAAAAGCCCUGUGUUGUAACCUUAACAGAAGUAAAUUUGUUCAACUACUUAACUCAAUGUUAAGCAUGCCCUCUUUCACCCCCUCAUAUUUUGCUAACAUGAUGUUAAAGGUAGAUCGCCAAAUAGUUAUGUCAAAUAUGGUAUUCUCCUUUCUUCUUAUAUUGAAAAUUAAUUGGGCUUUUUUCUUAAAAAGGAGAAUUGUAUUUAUAGUAUGCACAAUAAACAUUACUACGGGAGCUUGUGAUUAUUCUCAGCAGUGACUAAAUUAAUGCAUCUAUUUCAGUAAAAUUGUUGGUUUUGAUCCUCUGAGAAUGGAACCAGUGGUGCUGAUCGCCCCCACCUCAACUUUCAAAACCAUUCCAUGUCCCCUGGUAAAUACCAUCAUCUCAAAUCAUUCUACCAGGCAAAGUCUGCAAAAUCUUUGGGAAAAGUGUUACUGUCAGCUGCAGUAAAAAGAAAAACAAUCUACCAAGGACCUUCAUCUAACAGUGAAUUGAAAAUUAAAGCAACAUGAAUUUCAGUCAGGGCAGACAUCAAUGGAACAAACUGUGUCUUGUUUAGUUGUUAGCAAUGUGUAAAGCUGUUGAACUUUUGUAGUCACAUUGUUAUUUUUUGGUCAAAUUGUGCUAUCAAAUAAAAAAUGAAGAUAGUG